AUGUCCGACGAAGCUCCACCACCAUACCCGGGGCCAAAGAAAGCAGAAGACACUCCAGCUGAUGGCUCCGAAACGAGCAAGACACAGACAGAAGAGCCAUUUGAUAACUCCAAGUUGCCGCCCCCACCUCCUUACUCAGCUGUCCCCGGUGCCGAACCAACCCGUCCACAGAUCUUCAUCGCUGGCCUAAGCACUCCAAUAACCAUUUCUCCUGAUGCUACCCGCGUUCAGCUUUCUACCGAGGCAAGCCCUGAGCAACCAGAAAAAAUCGAAAACUAUCUCCUUCUUUCGAUCUGCUCCAUGAUUUUCUGCUGCUUUCCUCUUGGUGUUCUCGCCACGCUCCUUUCUUGCCAGGUUGGGAUCCUGUUCCAACGAGGCGACUACCUGCACGCUAGAAUCAUCUCGCAGCGCGCUCGUCACGUCGCUUCAAUGGCUAUCAUGAUCGGCUGCUUCAUGAUCUUUGUCGAUUAUUUCCGACGAUACAACUUCGGUCUGGACUACGGGACAAACGGCAUGGACGGAACGAUGAAUCCAAAAAUAUACGCCACCAGCGAUGUUGAUUACACCUCUAGCGAGACUCCAGGAGCGGCUUUUCAGCCAACAGAUCCCUUUUCCGAUACAGACCUUGAUUCUUAUACUGGUUCUUUUCGAGUACAAGAAGUUCAAGACGAGGAUUCGUGGCAUUUUGACCCUGUUGAGUUCUUUUUCGGAAGUGAAGGUUACAAUGCGUCAGAAUAUCAACACGGUUUCAACCCUGACCCUCUUGAUCCUCAGCCAGAAAUCUCAGUCGACGACAGUUCUUAUUAUAUGGAGUAUUGA